AUGUCUAAGGAAUUUUUCAUGUGUGACAUUAACGAGAGACUUUAUAAGAAACCGAUAUACUUAUGCCUUACCACCGACAAUUUUGUCAAAAGUCUUUGGAAAAAAAAAACAAAUUACUGUAAUUGUAGUUCACCAUGCUUACGAGAAGAACUCUUAUGCAAAACAUCAGAGCCAGUAAGAGAUUGUUGUCAUAAAGUCACUGUUGUCGGGGCUGGUAUGGUCGGCGUUGCUCUUGCUAAUUCGCUUCUUUUCCAACGAGUUACUUCACAUAUCGCAAUGGUAGAUGUUUUCCCUAAAAAAUUGGAAGGUGAAGGAAUGGACUUUAGUCAUAGUUCCGUAUUUAUAGGAGAUCCAAAGAUCGAGUACGACACAGACUUUUGCGUGACAAGCAAUUCAAAAGUUGUAGCUAUUUGUGCGGGUGUACGACAAAUAAAGGGUGAAACUCGACUUGACUUAGUACAAAGAAAUAUAGAAAUAUUAAAGAGCAUAAUACCACCUUUAGUAAACUACAGUCCAAAUGCGGUGUUUCUUGUCGUUAGUAAUCCAGUUCCGCUCUGGUCUGGAGUAAAUGUUGCGGGAGUGCAGUUUCGCGAUAUUAUUCCAAAUAUUGGUCUGGAGACAGACGAUGAAAGAUGGAUUGAAAUAUCAAACGAUGUAAUAAAACUAGGUGCCAUGGUGCGGUGUUUAAAAGGAUAUUCGAAUACAGCCAUUGGACUUUCUGCAGCCGACAUCAUAAUAGCAAUAUUACGCAAUACACAAACGAUUAUACCAGUUUCAACUUUAGUGCAGGGUCAUCAUGAUGUAGGUCACGAAAUGUUCCUAUCUUUACCUUGUGCGAUUGGCGAAAAUGGUAUCACGCAGAUAAUACGAAUGCACAUGACUGAAUACGAGAAAAAGCAGUUCCAAAGUUCGGCGAAUAGCGUAUAUAAUGUGCAGAAGGACAUCAGUAUUAAAUCUUGAGUAGCAGUGUAUGAAAAGAGAUCGUGCAAACGUUUUUAAUUUCUUGUAAAAAGUGCGAGUGUAAUAAAUUAUACGUAGCUUGUCCUAGUGCUUCGUCUUGUUACGAUUGCUACUGCAAAAUCGUUUAUCACUUAAUCGAAUCCUUUUCUGACUCGUACAGAAAGACACGGCAAUCGCGAUUAUUCCGAUUGCUAAUUUAUGCAAAUUAGAACGGAUGUUACCUGCAGAUUCUCCGAAUAACGUCCCCUCGAAUUCCAUGAUAAUUUGGACCGUCAGAAUAAUCUUGGGGAAUGAUGAUAUUCUCUCGCAAACGAUCUUUCAGGUUCUAACUCGGAUCCAAGAAGUUAAUGACGUCAAUGAUCUAUUUUGUAACAUCUGGAAAUAUUUAGUUCAUGGGGGGUUUUGUUUGCGUAACUCGAAUCUCUUGUAACUCUUCCGAGUAGAGUCUUUCGGUAAACAGUUGGUGUUUUUUCGGGGUUUUCCUGUUGCACAUAUCCAUUGGUACUUCGAGAAAUCGGGUAAGAAUACGCAUGUCAUAUUCUCCUAACACGUGAACGAGCGAAAGGUGACCGGUGGAUGGUACCAGAAGGCCAUGAAUACGCCGCAGGCUAGGCCACGGCAAGGUGAGAG